CUCAUUAAAGACAGAUCCUUCUCAGCUAACUUCAUUUUAUCUUCGUUCUCAUCUCAUAUUCUCACCUCUCUUAUAGACUCAUUCAUCGCAUCUUAAAGGACACAAGAAAGAAUGGGUGGGAUGUGUAUGUCUUCGUGUUGUGGUGGUGGUGACGAUAAUAGUUCCAGUCUAUUAACACAUCUCGUCAUAAUUGUUGUCAUCUGUCUCUCUCUCAUGGCUGUCUGUACCUCCAACGAACGCCGUACAGCCGUUCGUGUCGUCCGGUGCCGUUGACCGGUACAACAAGUCAUUUAUAUAUAUCAUCAGAUCACAUCUCUACAAAAAGAUUUCUUCGGAUUCUCUUUUUAUUAUGUAUGUGUUGGUUCUAUAUAUUAGUGAUGAAUUAUGGUAUGUCUUAUUUUUUUCAUACCAAAUAUAUGGAUUAGAAUGAUAAAAUCACAUAACAUCCACCAAAAUUUCACUAUGUAAUAAAGUAUCGGGGUUAAAACGAAAUAAAGUAAAAUACUUGGGUUGUUUUA